CGUUUCUUCCACACACCCAGUUUGUUCCUACACUCUUGUCGCAUCUGUGUUUUUCUUAUUUUCCUCUUACUUUAAUCGUUGGGCGAGUAAAGUUUCUGGGUUUUUGUUUUUGUUUUGUUUCUAAAAGCCGGCUGCCAGUGAAGAGCCCCUGGUCUAAGAGAGCUUGUCUUAUCGCUUCCUGACUUCUGCCCAGUCUUCGGGGAAUUGCGGAUUUAUCGACAUUUGCCACGAGUUUCCCCACGUACGCGUGGUUUCAGAAUCGUUGUCGCCGCUGCUGCCGCUUUCUUCCCCACCUCGCCCGCUUCCUCGCUUCAGGUUUCGCAUGACUGCGCUGCCUUGUGCUUUCUUGUUUAGUUUCUUAUGACAGCUCUCUGUUGAUUCUUUCUGAGUUCGAUGCGCUUUGUGAUUACAUAUGGGCACGGUGCGAAUGUCGUUAGACGGAGAGAAGAUGUUGAGUAAGUCUCAGACCAUUAAGCUUGUAAGCGCGGAGGGGUUUGAGUUUAUCAUCGAUCGAAAGGCUGCUGUAGUAUCUAAUACUUUGAGGAACAUGCUCUCAUCAAGCGGGAACUUCACGGAAACGGAGUUGGGAGAAGUGAAGUUUCCGGAAAUCAGUACACCCAUUUUGGAGAAGGUGUGCCAGUACUUUUACUGGUCCUUGCAAUUUUCUAGUCACGUUUGUCUCUGCCUGGCAGUGGAAAGGAGACGGAAUUUCAUAUUGAGCCUGAGAUAACACUGGAUCUGAUGAUGGCGGCAAAUUAUCUUCACACCUGAGACCUGCUUCCGCUCUCCCACUCUACCCUUGACUUGUGAAUACAGAUGUGUCGGGGUUGGAUUUAAGGACGAGUUCUGUAGCUAGCCAUUGUAAUGAAUUGAUUUUUUUUUUUUCUUUUUUUUUCUUUUUUGGCUAGGCUGCGAAUCGAAAGCUUUUAGAGCUUGGUGACUUGGGCAUGGUCCAGCGAACCAGUAGAUUCACUGUAUGCUUUUGAUCGAUUAUUUCCCCCUCGUUCCGUUGCAGCGCCACGUCAAGGGAUGUGACUGAAUGGCUGCAUUCUUGUUCUUGAAUACCGAGAGGUCGUAUUCAAGAUUGGUUUGUAGGUGUAGUCUGGGUGCAAGCUGUGUCGUCACAUCAUUGCUCUCAUUUUGUUCUUCAAACUUAAUCACUACACAGUGCAGUAUACAUAUCACGCAGUACUGUCAUCGUCUGCAAGGUGAGCAAGGUAAGUGAGAUAGGCCAAUGUAUUGUGCGUAAGCUUAGGAACUGAGCUUGUUCCGUAGGUUAGUGGAAGCUCUAGGUGUUAACCCUCAGCACUUGACAUCACUUCCAGAUAAUGGUGUGAGCUAAUUUUAGUAAUACAUGCAAUGACAUUUGUUUAUGCUCUGCAGCUAUACUAGUUUCCCCAGCUGUA